AUGAAUAACCAAGUUCUUUGCCCUCGUAGUAUCGAGGAAGACAAUUUUGCUAAAAUGUACGCAGAACAAGCUACAACUUUCCCGUGGUCUUUAUUUCAAAAUACGCCAUCUCAAAAGGACGAAGAAAACCACAAAACCUCCAAGCGUUCUAGAACAAGUGUUCCCCAGACAGUGAGAAGACAUCGCCAGCUUCGUAGGAAUGCAAGAGAACGAGAAAGACAAGGAAGAUUAAACAGCGCGUUUGACGUCCUACGAGGUGUGAUUCCUGACUAUUUAUCGGGAAAAGGCCCAGAAAGAAAACUUACUCAAAUUGAAACUUUAAGACUUGCGACUCAUUACAUCAUGGCUUUAUCAGAAAUGCUCGAAGAAGAAAAUCAAAAGCCAGCGGCCGAGUAUUGUGAAUGUGGACUUGCUUUCUCCUCGACCCGGACUAUAGGCCAAGAAAACUAA